CUCUCACCGGCACCGUCAAGGGACAAAGGAAGAAGAGGUGAGCUGAGCUGAGCUGAGUUUUUAAUUCCGUGUGCUUUAGCUCUUCUAGCUAUACAAUUCUUUUGGUAUUUGGAGUUCGGAGCUCUCUUUAGGUUUCCUGCUCCUCUCUUCUCUCUCCUUGCAAAAACAUCCAAUCAAUCCUCUUUUUAACUUGGCUUAACAGUUCUUCUUCUCUAUCAAGCAAGGUAGAGGAACCUCCUAGAAACAAGCUCUUUGCAGAAAUUACGAAAGGGUAUUCAGAAUUUAUAUAUUUGAGAGAGAGAGGGUACUGGUUUGCAGGGGCAGUGGGACUUCUGCGAGCUUAGCGUCUUCUCUCAUUGUCUCUGUAUUACACUUAUUGUCUCAAGAAGUUUGUUCUUGCUGCACUUCCUUAGCCUGGUUGAGCCUUAUUUAUGAGAUUUUUUUGAGGGGAUUUAGGUAUAAGCAAGGAAUUGAAGUUAGACAAUAUGGGGGCUGUUUGUUGCUGCCUGCAUUCAGAAGAUGAUUAUAUGAAUCCCAACAAUUUGGUGUGUGGGAACUGUGUGUGUCUCAGUUGUUUUGUUCAGAACUUCUUAACUGCGGUAGGAUUUAUGGGAAGCUAUUGGAAUUUUCAGGACUGUAUCUUCUAAUUACCUGUUUAUGUCACAUGUGAAGCCAUUAACCAAUGAUUUUCCCAGUGGUUUGGUUUAGAGAGCUGUAAUUUACCUUUUAAGCUGGCCUUUGUAACUAUUAUGCUGCUGUAGGGUUAUUAAUAUAUCAGGGUGUUUGAGAUUCUUGUUUAAAAUAGUCUACAUAUAGGCUCUGAUAACAGAUGGAGGGUUCUUAGACUGUCUGCAUCUGAGUUCUAUCAGGGAACCACCAUCGUUAAUCAACCCUCUUUUGUUGGUCAAGCAUGGACUGGCUCAAGUUUGUUUGACCAUUAGAUAUGAGUUGAGUGCUAAAAUUAAUAAAUUCUGUUUUAGGUUUGAAGUGUUUGUGAACAGGACUGCAACUAAUAUCAGAGAUGAGGAUGGUUUUUAUUUGUUUCAGUAUUGAUCACUAAAGGUUUAUCUUCAAUUAUUUCUUAUAGGGGAAUACAGCUUUUUGAUAACUGUUUCUCUUUUUUGUCCUCAAUUCUGUAGUAUAACUCGUUAUUCAGAAGAGGGGAAGUUCAUUCCAUCCCUUCAGCCAUUCAGGGGGCAGCAUCCAUGACAUCUUCUGCAUCACUGGACAACACUCUUUCAGACAUCUACCGCCCUCCUCCAAGGCCCUUGCCAUAUGAUGCUGACACCAGAUAUUUCUGCUUGCAGCGUGAUGGUCUUGUUUCAAGACGUGAGAAGGGUUCAAGUCACUCACAAGAGGAAGUAGAACCUUUAAGAGGUAAUAAUGGUGUAGAUCCUGAAUCAUUGAGCACAGGAGACAAAUGGAAUGGUUGUGAAGAAGAAUCAAAAGAACAAUAUUCAAAAUCCUCACAGAAGCUCUCAUCAGCAAAAUUAGCCCCUGGAAUUGGGUAUGUUUAUUCAGCUUCAGAAGAAGAGGAAAUCUGCCCAACAUGCCUUGAAGAAUAUACUCCAGAAAAUCCCAAGAUAAUGACAAAAUGCGGCCACCAUUUCCACCUCGGUUGCAUUUAUGAAUGGAUGGAGAGAAGUGAACAUUGCCCUGUUUGUGGAAAGGUUAUGGAUUUCGAUGAAACGACUUGAUCUUUUCCCAAGAAAGGCCUGUGUCGUGGAUGAAAACCAGUGACAGUCAAAGACAGAAAACCAAAAAAGAUGUGUAGAGUGGUAGUACCCUGUGAAUAUUCCAGGUUAAAGUGUUUGACAUUGUCAGUAAAUAUGAAAAUUGUUGUCCAUAUAAAAAUUAUGGGUCCAUUCCCUCUGUGAUACCAGGAAACAGGGAAAAUGAUUUUAUGCAUGAGUGAAAAUCUGACUAUUGUGCUCCCUUUUGAUUCCAAAUUUGCAAUGGAAAGAAAAGUGAAUGUCAUGG